AUGACAGAGAACGAGGACCUGUUGGCCAAGAUUGGUCAACUUGCAGGCCAGAUAAAUCGCCAUAGAAGCCAAUCAACUCAGCCUCCUCAGCCCCAGUAUGCCGCUCGCAACACGCAUGGUCAUUCUGGAUGGGCUCCUUAUCAGCGUGGUGGUCGAGGUCGCCGCCCUGCAGCUCCUCACCGACACCGCACAUUGGUCUUGAAUGGAGCUUCCGGGUCCACGCCUAGUUUCACCUCAUCCCCUGGUCCUGUGAGCGAUAAUGAUGCCGAGUCACGUCCUCCAUCAACCUCGAACGGGUGGGUCACAAAACAUGAUCGUCACAUGCAACUCAUCAACUCUGCGGUGUAUGAUAAAGAAAAGCAAGCUCGGGCUAAGGCUAUGGAAGAAACUCGCAAGAUGAAGCAGCAACGACGUGCUGAGCGAGAGCAAUUAAAGGUGCUCCGCUAUGCUCACGGGAAUACAGCUGCAUCUGUCUCUGCUGCCGCGCAGCAGAUUCUCGUCAACGAUGUUCCAUUCCAGAUUAUGCGUGGCGGUAGCAAGCUGGUGCGCAUGUCGAAUGACCCAAACACUGCCAAUGCUACGCCAAAGCGAGUCACCGUCGCUGGUGUGACCUUUGUGCGGAGUAAGAAUGGCAAUCUUCACCGACUUGGUGCUGUUGCGACCAAAAUCAACAGACAGCCAGGCACCGUCAAGAAACGGGGCGAACUGUGCAAAAGAUUUACUUCGACCGGUACAUGCUACAAGGGACCAUCGUGUCUCUUCACCCACGACCCAAGCAAAGUUGCUAUCUGCAAGGACUUCCUCCAGACAGGUAAUUGCAAUGCAGGCGUCAGCUGUGAUCUUUCCCAUGAACCAUCGCCCCAUAGGUCCCCCACGUGUCUGCAUUUCAUCAAAGGUCGCUGCUCCAAUGAUAGCUGUCGCUAUUCCCAUGUUCGUACGACACCGGGUGCCCCUGUAUGCCGUGGAUUUGCAACUUUAGGAUACUGUGAGAAAGGUGCUGAGUGUGAGGACCGUCAUGUGCACGAAUGCCCUGACUAUGCAAACUCUGGUAUUUGCCACAAGAAGCGGUGCAAGCUGCCUCAUGUUGAUCGUGCUGGUCAAAUCCGGAAAGCAGCUGCUGCAGCUGCCAGUAGAGCCGAGGCUGGAGAGGAUGAUUCUGACGAGUCUAGCGAGGAGGAAGAUUAUGAUGCGAUUGACUCUGAUGAUAUUGAUUCGGAUGAGUUUGACGAUUCGCCUGAGCAACUGAUCGAAGGGUCUGGUAGCCACGAAAUGUCUCAGCAGCAUGACUUUAUCAAAUUUUAA